CUGCUGUCACUGAUAGAGAUCCUGCGCCCAGACAGAACAACCAAAGUUAUCUCACUGCUUUGACCAGUGCCGAUCUCAGAGUGGUGAUGGGGUUGCUUAACUUCCCAAGAUCAAUCAAGGAAGUACUAUGGGUGUUUCACCAGCGCCACUUUAGGGGAAAAAUUUUGGACCCUUCAUCAAAUUCUGAAUUCCAGAUUUAGAUCAUUAGAUUGCAACAUUCUUCCAUCUGACAUUUUGUGGUGGGAAAGGCUGAGAGUGGGAGUUUGGCUCAUGUUGAGAGCAGGUAACAAUGGGACCAAACACCACUGAAGUGUGGGGAUGCUUGUACUGUUGGUACCUUUGUCGCAGGUGGAAGAUACAGCCAGAGUACUUCAAAAGAAAUUAUUUGCCUAACCAACAUCCAAAGGCGGUGUGCCUGCUGUAUGAAAUCAGGUGGAGCAGAGGUACCAUCUGGAGGAACUGGUGCUCAAACAGGUCGACCCAACAUGCUGAAGUCAACUUCUUGGAAAAUUGUUUCAAGGCCAACCCAUCAGUUUCUUGCUCUAUUACCUGGUUCCUAUCUACUACACCCUGCGGGAUAUGUUCCAGAAGAAUUCUGGAUUUCCUGAGUGGAUAUCCCAAUGUGACCUUGGAAAUAUAUGCAGCCAAGCUGUUCAAGCAUCUGGAUAACCGUAAUCGGCAAGGUCUCUGGAACCUGGCAAAUAAUAGAGUCAUUAUACACAUCAUGAGUCUUUCAGAUUACAGUUACUGCUGGAAAAGAUUUGUUGCAUACCAAAAUGGAGAAGAUGAUUAUUGGCCCUGGAGUUUCGCUCCAUACAUCUUUCUGAAUUGGACAGAGCUCUGUCAUAUCCUUUUGGUUAGUAGGCACUUGAAGAAAACACUGAGAGUGAAAAGUAAUGCAAAAUCUUAGGAAAAGGAGAUUUGAAGUAUCCUGGCAAUGGUGCUAACAGAAAUGAUAGUAGGAAAAAUAACCGUGGGCUGGACGCUGCAUGAACAGAAAGCCCAGCAGGCAAGACAUUACCAAAGACUAUGAUGCUAUAUUGUGCCUUUGUAGCCAGGAGUAGAGAAGAGAAUUAACAAUACUCCCAGGGUUGUUUUUUUUUUAAAGAAAAGAGGAAUUAUUUCAACCCUUUGCAUGGGUCAGCUACAAGUACAUUAGCUUGCAGCUUACUAGAACUAUUUGAUCCCAAAAUCUCCUUCAGCUAUGUA